UCGCGGUGUCCAGAGCCUCCAAUUCGGGCGUCAUAGCCGGUGUCCCGGACACCUGUGCAUCAUCCCCACCCCUCCGUUGCAUCCGAUCGGCUUCUGGAGCACAGCACCCUCCCUAUUUGCGACAUCAUACCCUCAUGGUCGCAAUCGCCACACCUUACUUCCCGACCGGUCUUAUACCUACCUUCCGCGCCGCGUGACUACUCCAGGUGAACUCUUAGCCGCCGGUCAUCCACCCCACCGAUCGAUAUAUAUAACCCCGAGAGAAAUUGUUGGAAUCGCGCGACUGAAGAUAAGCGUGCAUCUCCCCCAAUAUGGCCUCCGGCACAGCGCAGCUCGCAUCGGCGUUUUACCCAGGCGAUUCCUCCAGCAAUAACGAGAGCUCUCCGGACGUCUCCGUCGAUCCUUCUUCGCUUCCGCAGGCCGUCAAAGCAAGAAAGGAUGAGUAUACCCACCAGCAGUCAAUUUACAUCAAAGUCGGUACUUGGAACGUGGCUGCCACUCCAGGCACCGAGGAGGACAUUGGGAAGUGGUUUAUACAACGGAAAGGUGUAUGCGAGCAAAUAUCCGGACUGCGGGUCUCCGACACCCAGGAGGAAACUAUUUAUAAAGAGCACGAGCCCGGGAAUGAUGAAACUCUGUCUGAUAUUGCGCCGGACAAGAUUGGCCUCUACGUCCUCGGUCUACAGGAGAUCGUAGAUGUUUCAUCACCCGCGGAGGCCUUGAGGCCCUAUGUUGAUCCGGCACCGUCGAACCGGUGGAAAGCCGCGGUUCAGAAAGCCCUGCCACCGGGCUAUCAUCUUGUCGCGGAGACCCAGCUGGUGGGUUUGCUACAGCUAGUAUACGCCGCGCCCUUUCUUGUCGAUCAGGUGUCGUUCGUGAGCUGCACUAGUGUGGGCACUGGUCUGUUGGGGUAUAUGGGCAACAAGGGUGCUGUUGCGACACGAUUGAUGCUUGGUGAAACGACGUGCCUGGUCUUUGUGAACUGUCACUUGGCGGCCGGGUCCGACAAGAACAGUCUCGAACGGCGGAACUGGGACGCUUCGCAAAUUAUCGGAAGGACCAGGUUUGAGCCUAUCGACCCCAAUGUUGCACUUCGAGAAGAGCCCGCCGAGAGCAUAGGAAAGGAGGACUUUGGGUUCUGGUUUGGAGAUCUCAAUUAUCGGUUGGAGGAUAUCCCAGGGGAUGACGUGCGACAAGUCCUGUCCCGGCAUACAGUGAAUGAAUACGACAAUAAACAUCAGACUCAGCGUGAGCUCAAGAACGGUACCGAAUCGCCGCAAAUCACAGCCGAAGGGGACCAGAAGGGAGGCCCAGCAACUCAGGAGGAGGGCACUGACAGCCCCUUCCCGGCCGUCUCAGACGAGGAUGUGGAUCCUCACACAGAUCCAGCGUCUUUACAGACCACCAUCUCGUCACUACUCCCCCAUGACCAGCUUCGGUUGCAGCAAGACAAACAAAAGGCCUUCCACGAGGGAUGGCGAGAGGGCCCGAUCACGUUCCUACCCACAUAUAAAUACGACGUGGGAAGUGUUGCGAGGUUUGAUUCAAGUGAAAAGAAUCGAGGGCCCAGUUGGUGUGACCGUAUUCUAUACCGAUCCCGUCAUGACAAACUGCGAUACGAAAAACUAGCUAAAGAAGCUGCGGAGGCCAGGAAACGCGACGAAGAGAUGAAGGCCAGGGGCUUGGAUAAGGCCGUCGCUGAUGACAGUGUCCUGUUCGACUAUGAUCCGGACGUGGACGGCGCGGACAGUGCAGAAGAAUAUGAUCCGGAUGCGGAUUCAAACGAUGAUGCAUCAUUCGAGUCAGAUGCCGAUGCUGAUAGCCCCCUACAGCUUGAAUCCUACAUAUCGUACCAAGGGAUCAUGUCGUCGGAUCACAAGCCUCUAGCUGCAGCAUUCACGUUGACAUUUGACUCAGUGGAUCCGCAGAUGAAAGCCAAGGUACACCAGGAGGUGGUCCGGGUGCUGGAUAAGGUUGAAAACGAGUCCCGACCUGGACUCACUGUUGUCGUGGACAACCACGGCAGUCAACCAACAAGUGAAGACCCUAAUGCUGUGAACUUUGGUGAUGUGCCUUUUGAUGUGCCUGUUACCAGGUCGCUGACGGUCGCCAACACCAGCGGUGUGCCUGCAACUUUCACACUGGAGAAGCCGGAACAAGAUGCCUCCAAUAGAAUACCCUCCUGGCUGGAUUACCGAGUCGACCAGCCGCAUCAUUCCGACUCAGAAUCCGGGUCAAAGCAGGAGCUUCCAUCGCACGAAUGUACCUUACACCCUGGGGAACUCGCUAACAUCGAGAUUACAGCAUGCGUUCGUGAUAUCGAACUGGCUCGCUUGCUCAAUGACGCGCAAUUAAGCCUUGAAGAAAUCCUCGUCCUUCGAGUUGCCGGCGGCCGAGAUCACUUCAUCUCCGCGUACAGCAAAUGGCUGCCCACCUGCUUUGGCCGCUCCCUGGAGGAACUCACAGUCAUGCCUGAAACAGGUGCUCGCAGCCUAACGCCAGUCAAGGCCUCCAAAGACCAGAAGCAUACCUCGGGUGUGCCUUUAUCUGCUCCUCGGGAGCUGUUUCGCCUGACUGAAGCAAUAUCAGAAACGUCAGAACGUGCCAUUGCCGAAUGGAGCAUGACAAGAAGUGAGGCCGAGGAGGAUACACCGCCAUGGAUGAGAGAGCCCCUUGGGUUCGGAUGGCCCUUCGAGCCUGAGACCUGGACUUUAAGAGAUAAAGACGACCGGUCGCGUUUACUAUCAUGUGCUCGCGAAGCACUCGACACCAACAGUGACUUCAGCUCUGUGUUUGCCCCGGAAAUAACUUCCCUUCAGCGUCUUGAAAUCCUUAGCGAGACGCUUCUGGUGUUUCUCCGGUCCCUGAAAGACGGCAUUGUCACUGCCACUGUCUGGCAGAAUCUUGACCAGCAGAUUCUCUCCCGGGAGAGAACAAAAAGUCCACCUCUAUCCUGGGAAGACUCCCAGGCCUGGGUUCUGGAGAACCUUGCGUUUUCGCCUGCACACAGCGUUUCCUUCACCUUUGUCACUUUCAUGUUGGCCCGCAUCGCCAACGAAGUCGCCCCUACCUCAUCUAUUCCCAACAACCGCGGGCCCCCAACCAUCCUAUCCGCAUCGUCCGGUAACGAACCGAAACCAAGCGUAACCACACAGAACCCGUCCGAAGAUGCACAGCCUGCGCCCUCCGCCUUCAUCGCAAGCAACAGCUUCCGCCGUAAGACACGCACCUUCACAUCCUCCAUCUCCAGCAUAUCAGAACCCCCGCCUAGUCCAAUGGCCAUCCGCCGUCAGGCCGUUGAAACUGCUCUGGCAGCUAUAUUUGCAUCCGUCCUCAUCUCAGCCGAAGUGCCUGUUCCGUCGAAGGACAAAGGCCGGCGCGCUUUGGACGAAAGAAAACGAGGCAUUGUUGAGCCGUUUUUGAAGACAAUCGGGGUCGAUAAUAAGGGGCCUUCGGGAGGUGUUUCUUAGGCAGUCUUGGAUGGAUUAAGAAAGGAAGAGUAUAUUGUGUAGUCUCCGUGUUAUUAUAAUGUAUAGAAUUCCAC